CGGCGCCGGGGCGGAGCGGCCGUCAGCUGACUGUGGCGGCCGCGGCCUCGCUGGGAAGCCGUUGGCCGUGUCGCAGGCUUCGGAGGAAGGGCCGCGGGCUCGUCAGUUCUCGGUGGGCGAGGCCGGCCGGCGGAGCACCAUGGCGACCACCGUCAGCACGCAGCGUGGGCCGGUGUACAUCGGCGAGCUGCCGCAGGACUUCCUCCGCAUCGCGCCCACGCAGCAGCAGCAGCAGGUGCAGCUGGACGCGCAGGCCGCCCAGCAGCUGCAGUACGGCGGGGCGGUGGGCACGGUGGACCGCCUCAACAUCACCGUGGUGCAGGCCAAGCUGGCUAAGAAUUACGGCAUGACCCGCAUGGACCCGUACUGCCGGCUGCGCCUGGGCUACGCCGUGUACGAGACGCCCACAGCGCACAACGGUGCCAAGAACCCGCGCUGGAACAAAGUCAUCCACUGCACCGUGCCCCCUGGCGUGGACUCCUUCUACCUGGAGAUCUUCGACGAGCGCGCCUUCUCCAUGGACGACCGCAUCGCCUGGACGCACGUCCCGAUCUCCGAGGCUCUGAGGCAGGGCGAGGUGGAGGACAAGUGGUUCUGCCUGAGCGGGCGGCAGGGCGACGACAAGGAGGGCAUGAUCAACUUGGUCCUGUCCUUCUCGUCGGUGCCGGCUGCCGUGGUGAUGCCGCCGCAGCCCGUGGUCCUGAUGCCCACCGUGUACCAGCAGGGCGUCGGCUACGUGCCCCUCACCGGAGUGCCCGCCGUGUGCAGCCCCGGCGUGGUGCCCAUGGCCUUGCCGCCGGCAGCCGUGAGUGCUGCGCCCCGCUGCAGCGAGGAGGACCUGCGAGCCAUCCAGGACAUGUUCCCCAACAUGGACCGGGAGGUGAUCCGCUCCGUGCUGGAAGCCCAGAGAGGGAACAAGGACGCAGCCGUCAACUCCCUGCUCCAGAUGGGCGAGGAGUCCUAGACCGCGCCGCUUGUCCCCCGUCCCCGCACCCCACCCCCCGCCAGCCCGUUGGACUUCCCCCCCCAGGGUCC